AUGCCCAUCCCCAGCAAGCACCCCAACAUCGGCCGCUCGCAGAGCUGGGAUGCUGCCGGCUGGUAUGAAGGAAACUGGGAGAGCGAGAAUGCCUUUGAGUACCAAAGGCCGCCGGGCCGGAGGAGCUCCCUGACCUAUGGAGGCGAGGGCGGCUGGUAUGAGCCACCGCGAAUGAACGAUAUCAUCUUGCAGGGCGGCGCGGAGCUGAAGCAAGAGGCGUACCCGUACCAGGAUGCCGCCUUCGCCCCAGGGCCCCUCAGGAAGGGCUCCGUCCCCGACUUCACAUACUGCGACCGGCAGGCAGCCAUGGCAGGCCGGGGCUCCCUGCCACCCCAGGAUUACUACAGCGACCCAUCCCUGGCAACUAGGUCACCCAAGGACCCCCGCUGCUACCGCGACCACCUGGUGAGCAGGCCGCUGGCGAGCUACGGGGCGCCUGGCAGCCGGCUGUCCUGGGACCAGGCCCCGGCACGCCCGCCAGCCCCGCCAGAUGCCACCCGCCUCUACAGGGACCCCAAGAUGGCCCUGGAUGGGCAGCGGAUGCGUGGCAGAGAUGUCUCCCCGGCACGGUACGGCGUGGAGCCUCCCGGCCCACGGUACGCGGCGGAGCCGCCCGCCUUCCCCGGCAGGCAGGCCUAUGGCGACGGGGCGGAGCGGCCCCCCGAGCCGGCGGGGGGCAGGCAGGCCACCCCCACCUGCCUGGUGGUGGACCCCACCGCCAGCGGUGGCAGCAGCUAUGGGCCAGGCCGGGAGAGUGCCAGCACCAAGGGCCCCUACGACAGCUAUGACGCGGUGGUGGCAACCCCUUCCCACCCGCCGGUGGCCCCCGCCUUUCCUGGGCCGGAGGGGAAGAGGAGCUUCGACCCCGAGUUCGUGGCACUGCUGCGUGCAGAGGGUGUCUCGGAGAGCACCUUCGCCGCCCUGCUGCAGCAGGGCUUCGACUCCCCGAACCUGUUGGCCAUGAUGGAGGAGAACGACAUCAAGUCCGUGGCUCCAAACCUGGGGCAGGCCCGCGUGCUCUCCCGCAUCGCCCACAACUACAAGGCAGAAAUGCAGCUGCAGAGGCAGGAGCGGAGGAGCGGGGCGCUGCGCCCCAGGACCCGCUCCAACAGCUUCAGCCACCGCAGCGAGCUGCCAGGAGACUAUGGGGCACCCCUCGGCUCGGGGACCACCAUGGAUGGCCCUCCUGCCCCGCAGCCCCCACCUCCGCUACAGCCCCUGUCCCCGAGAGGGGGAGAGCUGCACCGCCGGCCAUCCAGCGCCCCGACUCAGCACCUGCUGGAGACCACCACCUACCCUGCCUCCGCAGGGGCUCCUCAGGGGCCACACUUCCUCCCCAGUUCUGGAUACAACACCCCCCUGCCUUGCAACACACACCCGCGUCCAGCCUCCGCCUACUCUGCUCCAGCCGGUAUGCCCAUGACCACAGCCAACCCUCACGCCAGCCCCAAAACGGCCUACCCCACAACCUACACUGUCCCCAUGGAGUUGAUGAAGAGGGAGCGGACAGCGGCAGCGUCGCCAGCACCCAGCCCGCACGGCAGCCCGCAGCUCCUCCGCCGGCCGGGAGCGCCAGGGGAUGGCAGCCUGGCACCCACGGGACCCGGUUUCCCUGCCCAGCUCUCCCCAUACCCGAAGCUCAGCAGGCGCACGGGGCCCCCGGUCAUCGUCUCCACCAUGGCAUCGCCUGAACCAAGUAUUCGCCCUCAAAUCAUGAACGGCCCCAUGCACCCCCGGCCCCUGGUGGCACUGCUGGACGGGAGGGACUGCACGGUGGAGAUGCCCAUUUUGAAGGACUUGGCGACGGUUGCAUUCUGUGACGCACAAUCAACUCAGGAGAUUCACGAGAAGGUAUUAAAUGAAGCUGUUGGGGCGAUGAUGUACCACACCAUCACGCUGACUCGAGAAGAUCUAGAGAAGUUCAAGGCCUUACGGGUCAUUGUUCGAAUAGGCAGCGGCUACGACAACAUUGACAUCAAAGCAGCGGGGGAGCUUGGGAUCGCCGUCUGCAACAUCCCCUCGGCCGCCGUGGAGGAGACGGCCGACUCCACCGUCUGCCACGUCCUCAACCUCUACCGACGAAACACGUGGCUCUACCAGGCGCUGCGGGAAGGCACGCGAGUGCAGAGCGUGGAGCAGAUCCGGGAGGUGGCCUCCGGCGCUGCCCGCAUCAGGGGGGAGACGCUCGGCCUCAUCGGCUUCGGUCGCACUGCGCAGGCGGUCGCAGUCCGAGCCAAGGCGUUCGGCUUCAACGUGAUAUUUUAUGACCCGUACCUGCAGGAUGGGAUAGAGAGGUCCCUGGGAGUCCAGCGGGUCUACACGCUCCAGGACCUGCUCUAUCAGAGCGACUGUGUCUCGUUGCACUGUAACCUUAACGAACAUAACCACCACCUUAUCAACGACUUCACGAUUAAGCAGAUGAGGCAGGGAGCGUUCCUGGUGAACACGGCGCGCGGGGGGCUGGUGGAUGAGAAGGCCUUAACUCAAGCCCUGAAGGAGGGACGGAUACGAGGGGCUGCGCUUGACGUGCACGAGUCUGAACCGUUUAGCUUUGCUCAAGGCCCGUUGAAAGAUGCUCCUAAUUUAAUCUGUACUCCGCACACCGCUUGGUACAGCGAGCAGGCGUCACUAGAGAUGAGAGAAGCUGCUGCUACUGAAAUACGGCGUGCGAUCACAGGGCGCAUCCCGGAAAGCCUAAGAAACUGCGUGAAUAAGGAAUUCUUUGUCACAACAGCUCCGUGGUCAGUAAUAGAUCAACAAGCAAUUCAUCCAGAGCUCAAUGGUGCCACGUACAGGUAUCCACCUGGGAUGGUCAGUGUCGCACCGGGAGGAAUACCGGCAGCGAUGGAGGGCAUCAUUCCUGGAGGCAUCCCUGUUACUCACAAUCUUCCCACAGUGGCACAUCCUUCCCAAGCUCCAUCUCCUAACCAGCCCACAAAACACGGGGACAACAGGGAACAUCCCAACGAGCAAUAGCAGAUAAUUUAAGAAUCAUUCAAUAAACUUGGGACCAAGAGACAUUGGAAAAGAAGUUAUACGUGAACUAAAAAAGAAUUUGAUACGAAAUUUGUAAUGUUGAUUUUGGACAGACGCAUCAUUGAUGUUCCAGUGUUAACGACAAAGCGAUAGCAGUCAAGACUGGGGAGAAGCCCUGAGGAAGUCACCUGCUUACCGAAGCGCUGA